AGAGGGGAAACGCACCGGGCGGCCCCCGGGAUCCCUGAAGAAGCGCGGGCAGAAUGUACCAGGGACACAUGCAGAAAAGUAAAGAACAAGGAUAUGGAAAACUAAGCAGUGAUGAAGACCUGGAAAUAAUUGUUGAUGAAAAGCAGGGCAAAGGCUCUAGGGCGGCAGAUAAGGCUGUUGCCAUGGUGAUGAAGGAGAUACCGAGGGAGGAGUCUGCUGAAGAAAAGCCCCUCCUUACUAUGACAUCACAGCUGGUGAAUGAGCAACAAGAAAGCAGACCCCUCCUGAGUCCUUCCAUCGAUGACUUUCUCUGUGAAACCAAAUCGGAAGCUAUUGCAAGGCCAGUAACAUCCAAUACAGCUGUGUUGACUACAGGCUUAGAUCUCCUCGACCUGAGUGAACCAGUCUCCCAGACUCAAAGCAAAGCCAAGAAGUCAGAACCUUCAUCCAAAACUUCAUCUCUCAAGAAAAAGGCUGAGGGACCUGACCUCAUCAGCACAGAUGUUGAGCAGAGAGGCCAGCCCCUCCAAGUCACAGAGACUUCAUCCUUAGAUUUAGACAUUCAAACACAACUGGAAAAAUGGGAUGAUGUUAAGUUUCAUGGAGAUCGAAAUAGCAAGGGGCAUCCAAUGGCAGAGAGAAAAUCAUGUUCAUCUAGAGCUGGAUCAAAAGAGCUUUUAUGGUCUGCGGAACACAGAUCUCAGCCAGAACUGAGUGGUGGCAAAAGUGCCCUCAACUCUGAGUCAGCUUCGGAGUUGGAAUUAAUGGCCCCAGCACAGGCCCGACUGACCAAGGAACAUCGCUGGGGAAGUGCAUUACUUUCCAGAAACCACUCCUUGGAAGAGGAAUUUGAAAGGGCAAAGGCAGCAGUAGAGUCAGAUACAGAGUUUUGGGAUAAGAUGCAAGCAGAGUGGGAAGAGAUGGCCCGGAGGAAUUGGAUAUCUGAGAACCAAGAAGCCCAGAACCAAGUCACAAUCUCAGCAAGUGAGAAGGGAUAUUACUUUCACACUGAAAACCCCUUCAAGGACUGGCCUGGAGCAUUUGAAGAAGGCUUAAAAAGGCUGAAGGAGGGAGACCUGCCAGUCACCAUCCUGUUCAUGGAGGCAGCAAUUCUUCAGGACCCUGGAGAUGCAGAGGCAUGGCAAUUCCUCGGGAUUACCCAGGCAGAGAAUGAAAAUGAACAAGCAGCCAUUGUCGCCCUCCAGAGGUGCUUAGAAUUGCAGCCUAACAAUUUAAAAGCUUUGAUGGCCUUAGCUGUGAGUUACACGAACACAGGCCAUCAGCAAGAUGCCUGUGAGGCUCUGAAGAAUUGGAUCAAGCAAAAUCCAAAGUACAAAUACCUUGUGAAAAGCAAGAAGGGAUCUCCAGGCCUCACUCGGAGGAUGUCUAAGUCCCCAGUUGACAGCUCUGUUCUGGAAGGAGUGAAAGAAUUAUAUCUGGAAGCUGCUCACCAAAAUGGAGAUGUGAUUGACCCAGACCUGCAGACAGGUCUGGGUGUGCUGUUCCACUUGAGCGGGGAGUUUAACAGAGCAAUAGAUGCAUUUAACGCCGCCUUAACUGUUCGGCCAGAGGACUAUUCCUUAUGGAACCGCCUUGGGGCCACCUUGGCAAAUGGAGACCGAAGUGAGGAAGCUGUGGAAGCCUACACUAGAGCACUGGAGAUCCAGCCAGGCUUCAUUCGCUCCAGAUACAACCUGGGGAUCAGCUGUAUCAACCUGGGAGCCUACAGAGAAGCGGUCAGCAACUUUCUCACUGCCCUCAGUUUGCAAAGAAAGAGCAGGAAUCAACAGCAAGUUCCUCAUCCUGCAAUCUCUGGUAACAUCUGGGCUGCCCUCAGAAUUGCCCUGUCUCUGAUGGACCAACCAGAACUCUUCCAAGCAGCCAACCUCGGUGACCUGGAUGUUCUUCUAAGAGCUUUCAACUUGGAUCCUUGAAGGAAAAACAAAAAGAGUAAACAUAAAGAAUAAUAAUCCCUCGCCUGUGUUAUUGUACUGACAAGUGAAAAAAUAUUUUAUUAUGAAUUUCAAAAAAGAUAUAUCAGAUAUUCAAAAGGCCAUGAUCAUAUAACCCAAGGGAAUUAGUUCCCACUGACAAUGCCCAAUCUCUGUUCAGAUCUAGAAGCCCAAAAUGCUGUAAACAGAGCCAAGGUCAGAUACAAAAGAAGAAUUGAAAGACUGAAGAUAAACCAAGAUAAAGUAUGAGUACUCUUCAGGAGUUGCAAGUGUAUUGUAAAACAUGUUCUUUGGAUGUCUUGUUUCCAUCUGCCCCUGAGGGCAAAUCUGAGGAAGUUGUUCAAGGGACUCAUGAAGAAAGCCCUGCCUGAGUUGAGGGAAUUCAGACUAUUUCUAACCUGUCCCCUGAAAUUCCCUCUUUCGCAAGACUGAACAUAGUUUGGGCCAUUGGUGCAUGCACAUAUAUUAACUCAACUAAAGACACACAUUGCUUAUCCCUGCUCCAGUUUUCACUUUUAUUGUAGCCCUUUAUUUCCAGAGAGGGAGCUUUGCUGGCAAAAGCAGUUUUGCACUAGAAAUUUUUGCUGUUCCCAAUCAAAACUUUUCUGGGAAUGUAUAUAUGCACUUUAAUAUCUUACUUAUGCCUUGCUGGAGGUUUGUUUUGUUGCUCCAAUUUUUAACUUGGGUGUGAAAGGUUUGGGAACUGAGAAUUGUUAAAUGGACCAAAUAAAAUGUUAUGGAAAAUACUUUUUCAUAGUAUAAGACUUUGAAGGAGUGUUUUCCUUAAAGCAGACAUGACAUAGAGUGUGAAUAUGUCAAACACAUAUUACUGACAUGCAUUUUGAAACUGUAUGAACAUCAGUAAGAGACAAUAUACUGUCUCUUCGUGCAUUCUCUGCAGGGAAAAACCUCGAUAAGACCAUGCUUUCUACUGAGUUCGCAUUAACUUUGCUUAACUGUCAUAUUUUGCUGGCUUUCUAACUGCCCUGCACAACAAUAUUCCUUUUAAACUGUUACUAUUUGAAAUUAUAUUUCUUGAGUGAUAAGUACAUUUUUCCUUAAAAUGAUGUGUUUCCUCAGUUCCAUACUAACCUGAACCGUUCACCUUCUUGCACUGUAAGCAAUAGAUCAAUAUUUUGUCACUAGAUGUUAAUGGAUGUCUGUGGUUUACUAUGAAAAAUGCAUGCCCCUGUGGCACUUAUUUUAAACAGCAAGUAUCAGGAAUUUUCUAUUGGAAGGCAUUUUAUGUGAUUGGUAAAUUUCCACUUAGUGUUUUAGAGUAUUUUGUGAGUGUUUGGAGCUUGGUAAUUCUA